GAUGGAAAAAGUAGUGUUACGGAGCUCUGUGACUCAGGCUAAAAUCAUCGGCGCAAUAGUAUCUAUAUCUGGUGCUUUGGUUGUUGUGCUAUAUAAAGGCCCAAAAGUUCUUGCUUCUGCAUCUUUUACACCUUCAUCAUCUACCAUUUCGCUUCAACAGAAUUUAACUACAGUCGAGUCAAGCUGGAUAAUAGGAGGCCUUCUGCUUGCUUCACAGUGUUUUCUUGCUUCAAUCUGGUAUAUUGUUCAGGCUAGGAUCAUGGAGGUAUACCCUGAAGAAGUAACUGUAGUCUUCUUCUACAACUUAUCUGCAACGCUAAUCUCAGGACCAUUAUGCUUAUUUGCGGAAAGCAACUUGACUUCUUGGGUGCUUAAACUGGAUAUUUCCCUCGCUGCAAUCAUAUUCUCGGGGGUCUUUGUUUCAUUGUUUGGCGCAGUCAUUCACACAUGGGGUGUGCAUUUGAAAGGUCCGGUCUAUGUAUCCUUGUUCAAGCCAUUGUCUAUUGCAAUUGCAGUCGCCAUGGGUGCUAUAUUCCUCGGCGAUGCACUUCACCUUGGGAGUGUGAUUGGAUCAGUGAUAUUGUGCAUUGGAUUCUACACUGUGAUUUGGGGAAAAGCAAACGAGGAUGCAACCAGAAGUGUUAAUGAUUCUGAAAAUUCACCUUUACUGGGUACACACAUCGUAGAAGAUUAA